UGUACACCUUGACUUCGAUUGUUUCUUAUCUGGUUGGGUGCGUAUGAAGAAAUAUAGAAUAUACUGGCACCUGAUAUAAAAUAGUACUUUUUGCGUAUGGACAGUGAUUAUUACUCUAUCAUUGGCUAUGAAAUAACAUUUGUGUGAAUAAUACUGAUUCAUUGUAUAUCGUGAUCUUAGUUUUUGUAAAUUAGUUUGACUCGAUUCGUUUUCAAUCAUUUUUGGAUAUCUUUCGUGGUGAAUUAGACUUCUGCACAAGAAAUUCCGAAAAGUGUACAGCAUAGCAUAAAUUGCGGAAAAAGUGAAACAAACAUUUUGUGUUAAAAGUAAAAAUCGACUAAGGAGCGGUGCAUUUGACAGGUUAACGAGUUGUCGACAUUCGUUCAGUCUAUCAAAAAUCUCAUAUCUCUGAUUUUCCAUCAACGCUGCGGCCAUUUUGUUAGAAGUGUGCUUGAGAUUGGAAGUCACGAUUCGGAAGUUGCCGUUCGGUCCAAGUUUUGUUCGAUUUUUUCGAGUGCAAGAUUGAUAGAAAAUUGCACCGAAACGGUUUGGUCGUGCUGUGUAGUGCGAAGUGUAUUGUCUGAUUCCAUAGUUAAACAAAAAUAGAAGUAUUGCACCCGUCAGUCAAAUUGCAAACUUGAAAGCAGGAUGGAGGACAAGGCGACACUGAAAGAUUUGGACCAGUGGAUCGAACAACUGAACGAGUGCAAACAACUGACCGAAACCCAAGUGAAAACCCUGUGUGAUAAGGCUAAGGAAAUCCUAGCAAAGGAGUCAAAUGUGCAAGAAGUUAAAUGUCCGGUGACAGUGUGUGGAGAUGUCCACGGCCAAUUUCACGACCUAAUGGAGCUGUUUCGGAUAGGCGGACGGUCACCGGACACUAACUAUCUGUUUAUGGGAGACUACGUUGAUCGUGGGUAUUAUUCAGUCGAAACCGUUACGCUACUAGUGGCACUCAAGGUUCGAUAUCGCGAGAGAAUCACAAUCUUGCGGGGUAAUCACGAGUCUCGGCAAAUUACACAAGUGUAUGGCUUCUAUGAUGAGUGUUUACGGAAGUAUGGAAACCCUAACGUUUGGAAAUAUUUCACGGAUUUGUUCGAUUAUCUCCCGCUGACAGCAUUAGUUGACGGUCAAAUCUUCUGCUUGCAUGGAGGUCUCAGUCCUUCGAUCGACACGCUAGAUCACAUCCGAGCGUUGGACAGAUUACAGGAAGUUCCACACGAGGGACCGAUGUGUGAUCUUCUAUGGUCUGAUCCUGAUGAUCGAGGUGGCUGGGGAAUAUCGCCACGAGGUGCCGGUUAUACCUUCGGACAGGAUAUAUCAGAAUUGUUCAAUCACUCAAACGGUCUGACACUGGUAUCACGGGCACACCAGCUUGUAAUGGAAGGAUACAAUUGGUGUCACGAUCGCAAUGUUGUUACAAUAUUCUCUGCACCAAACUACUGUUAUCGUUGCGGUAACCAAGCAGCAUUAAUGGAAUUAGACGAUGCACUAAAGUUUUCAUUCCUGCAAUUUGAUCCAGCUCCACGCCGUGGCGAACCACAUGUGACUAGAAGAACACCGGACUAUUUCCUUUAAGAAUAUCAUAACGAAUAUUGUAAUACACACUACAAAAUAAACAAAAAAAUAAUAUACCUUAAAAUAAAAAUAUAAAUAAUAAUUAUAAGCAUAUAUUAUUAUUUAAAACAAAAAAAAAAAAACAAAAAAGGCAAAAGUUUGUUAAACUUGCAAGCGCAGAGGUAAGCGUAAAUCACAUUUACACUGGAAUUAAACUACUUAGCAAGCCAAAAAGUAAGAAAAAAGGAAAAACAUUGCGUGACCGAAAACAAGCCAGAAAGUAAUUUAACAUCCCAUUGGCAGUUCACCAUUCAUUUAAGGUAUUCAAUUGAAGUAGUAAAAAACUGUACUAGAAAUAAUAACGCCAACGCCGCAGUUCAUGUACUCAUUUCAUAAGCCAUCAUCUUCAUAUUAUCGUUAUACUCAUUGCCAAUUCAACUAGGUAGAAACUUCAAUUUCUUUAGUAUACGUUUGUCUAUAAAUGAAAUCAGGCAAGUUCAAUUUGUCACAAUCGCAGUAACGACCAUUUUCUCCUGAGUUAUAAUCACAACUCGAUUUUUAGAUACAACUGUUUUUGUGAAUACCGGUCAUUAAUUGGGAUGCUAGGAAUUAGGCUCUACGUUAGAAAAAAGAAGUAAUCGUUAUAUGCUGGUUACAAAGACACAAAAAUUAUAAAGAAAAUGUUCUCUAACUGUGCGUAUGUUUCUCUCAGGUAGGGACAUCAAUCAAGGGUGCGACCGUUUCAUGUGUCUAGACGUAUUGAAUAUUUUAAGGAUCCUAGAACAAAUAAUACAUUAAACACCGGUAUGCUAGGGUUCAGGAACGUUUCAUGCCUUUCCCAAAGUUGCAACAAAUAUUGUAAUGCUUUAAUAAAUUUGAUAAAUGGAUAUACAAUAUGUACUAUAUUAAAGUCAAAUUAACACGCAAUGGUCCCAAGAAAUAUUUCUGUUAGUUUAACUAUCAAAUUGAAUUUCUCUGGAUUAAAAAAAAAAAGACUAUUACCUUGCAAAGAGUCAACAUAUGUAAGCUGAUCUAAUCGGUAGUCUGCAGUUGGUGGUAAUGUUUUCUACGGGUGAAGAGGGUUAUCCGUUACUGCGGUGAAUCGACAAGAAUGAAUGAAACGUUACGUGCUUUUGGAUAUGGUAUGCACAUUUUGCUUUCCGGCUUCGGUUGAGAACGAUUUCAUUUCUCCUUAGGACAGUGCUUUAGUUGUUUUAUAUGGGCAUUACUCUUAACGCUCUGCGGACUAACAAAACAAGACUCAUUGUAUGCUGAUUCCAAACUCAAAAAUAUGCGCUAAAAUCGCAUGAACUUGUAUAACUUAUUAAGUGCUGGCAAUUUAACAAGUACGUAUUUUGUUGAACGCUAUCAAAAAGGGUUUGGUAAGCGAAUAUACUGAAGCGAAAUUUCUAGCAGAAGAAAUGCAAUCAAGAGCAGAAAAGUGAAAUGAGUGGGAGAUUAAUAAAUUCACGUUUUAAUAAACGAAA